GACGAACUUGAACACCACAAUCACCACAAGUGCAUAACAAUGGACGUCGACCAGCCAUCGUCCUCGACCACGGCCAACCCUCUGGCUUUCCUCGAGCAGCAGGAGGCGGCUGCUCCGCCAUCCCUCCAACCCGCAUGGACCGAGAUCCGCACUACAUACGAGAAGAAGCUGUGGCAUAACUUAACUGUCGCGCUGCUCAAGUUCGUUGCACUGCCGGGGUCUGGUCCAGCGCAAAUCGAGCUUUUUGACAAGUUCAUCACGUCUAUCGAGGGCAAGAUCAAUGCCUUGCGGCUCGUCGAGAUUGCCCGCCGUGUUGGACGCGAAUAUGCCGAGCCCGAGCUCACUCUCAAGUUCCUCGAAAGCGUCCACUCGCGCCUCCGCUCCCCGUACCCUGUGGAGGCAACGGAGGACACUCCAGCCCAACCUGCACCCCCGCGCCCCAUCCCAGAGGCAUUCGCACUCAGCCUGAGCGCGCUCGCGUACGCCCAGCUUCUUCUCGCCGAUCUGCCCGGCUGCAAGAAGCGUCUCGACGAGUGCGAGAAGCUCCUCAAUGAGCAGGAUUCGGUGGAGCCUGUUGUGAACGCGGGAUACUACGGCGUCGCUGCCGACUAUUACAAGGUCAAGGCGGAUUACGGGCCGUACUAUAAGAACGCGCUGCUCUACCUCGCGUGUGUCGAUGAGAAGGAACUGAGCGACGACGAUCGCAAGGCGCGCGCGCACGACCUUUGCAUUGCAGCGCUCCUCGGAGAUGCUAUCUACAACUUUGGCGAGCUGUUGCAACACCCAAUCCUGCAGACGCUUGAGGGCACCGAGUACGGGUGGAUUAAGGACUUGAUUUCGGCGUUCAACGCCGGCGCGAUCGGAAAGUUUGACUCCCUAUCGAAUCACUUCGGCGCCGAACCCAUUCUCGAGGAGUCUCGCGAGUUCCUUCGCCAGAAGAUCUGCCUGAUGGCUCUGAUCCAGGCGGCGUUCGAGCGCCCUCGCGACGGCAAGACGCGCCUCAUGACCUUCGAGCAGAUUGCCGAGGCGACCCGCCUGCCAGUUCAUGAGGUUGAACACCUGAUCAUGAAGGCACUGAGCCUGGGCCUCAUUCGCGGCUCCCUCGACCAGGUUGCCUCCACGGUGGACCUUGUGUGGGUUCAGCCGCGCGUGCUUGAGGGAUCGCAGCUCGACACUCUUGCCGAGCAGUUUGGACACUGGACCGACGCCGUGGGGCAGACAACGAACGGCGUGGCUGGACUUGAGGCGGGCGUGGGACUUAACGGCGUCGCGCAUGCGCUCGCGGCAUAGAUGUAUAUAAGUAGAGUGUACAGCAUGAAGCAGCAGCAUUUCACUACGGAUGC